GAGCGAGAUUGCGCAACUUGGAAGAAAACACCUGACUUAGACAGUAAUGAGUGCAGUGAAAUACUAAAGGAUGAAACAGGAACCGCCCAGAUUUCUAGAAGAUUUUCUGACCUGCCUUCUCUCGCGCUAUCGUGACACUAACUCUUUAUUACCUCUCGUCGUCUCUCGUCACUUUUUUAACUUUUUUAUCUUUGAUUAUCUCCAGCUCCAGCACGACAAACCUGAAUCCACAGACAUGCAGAGCUCCAGGAUCCGGAGAGCGUUCCUGUUUGGGCUGCUGAGCUUCUCUUGCAUCUUGGUUCCUCCUUCUUCAGCUCGUUCUUCAGUGAAGGUGAAGCUUCAUGACUCUGCUACUCUGUCCUGCUCUGAGAGAUGUUCUGGUUUGGUCAGAUGGACUGCAUCCCGUAAACCCACUGAUGUUCUGUCUGAGUGUGAUCAGACUUCAUGUAGAUCAGUGAAGGAGGGAUAUCAGAUGAUCCAUGAUCAGUACCUGAAGGGGAAUCUCUCUCUCACCAUCACUGACGCUGAUUUCACUAAGAGAACCUGGUACACCUGUCAGUGUGACGGUAAAGACGUCUGUGAUGUGAGUCUACGGCUCGAGCCUCCUGAGAACUUCCUGCAGAUGAACCGUGGGGAUAAUCUGACUCUGGAUCUUCCCGUCUCAGAGCCAGUGAAGGUCACUUUCAACAGGACUGGAGACUCUGAUCCAAACCCUGUGAAGCUGUGUGAAGUCAAGGGCCGUAAAGUCCAAUGUGACCCUCCAUAUGAGGAGAGAGUGUUGUUCCAGUCCAGUCUGCAGCUGAAGGACCUGAAGGACUCUGAUGGUGGUGUUUACACUGUAGUGGACACUGAGAACGAGGAGGUCGUGUCUACAUAUAGAACCACAGUCAGAGGUGAGAAGGAGAGCUGGGUGUGGAACAUUUGGAAGAAAACAGAGUUUGGCAUUGGGCUCGGUGUGGGGGUCUUUCUUGGAGCAUUGCUGGCCUACUUUGUCCCACCACAGAUAGUAAGAGGCUGGAUGUGGCUGAAGAGAAGAACACAGCGCUCACAUGGAUGCUGCACUACAGCUGAGGAUAAGAGUCAGUCUACUACCACUGAACAAGUUCCUCUGAAGGAAAAGCCCUCAGGUUAGUGUGAGACAAGGCUGUAGAGGAUCAGAGUGAAGAGCCUUUUCACCCACAAAGACUGAAUCUUCUGUUCUUCAGUCUGGAGGAGGGUUCAGAGUGUCUUCUGUAUGUUUUUACAGUCAUCUUGUACUUUUCUGUGCUUCAUGUUUUGGUUUUAUGUAAAAAGGAAAGUAAAUGGAGCCGAAUUAGAGAUGAUCUAGAGCUGCACGCAAUCCCACUUUUACCCAUCAGUCACAGCACAACAUCCUGAGACAGUUUUUUACUGAUUGUGUGAUCAGUAGCUCUGAUUUUGGAGAUGUAGUUGAUUGGAUUGUGGGAGAUUUUAGCUGUUACUGGUAAAUAUCAUGAUUUUCUAAAAGCACAGAUGUGAAACUUUGAUCAUUGUUCUGUUUAGCAGUGUUGAGACAAAGACAAAGUUUUCGCACCAGAUUUCCUUCUAAUCAGGAUGACCUGCCAGCACUGGUGUUACAUGUGAGCAGGUAUUACUCUUGAGUUGGGAGAAUUAUCAGCACACUCACUAACUCUGCUUACAGGGGACUUGUGUUUGUGUUAGAGGAGCGCUUAUGUUGGGUAAACCUCACCAGCUCACCCCAGCUCCACUUACAAGAUCUGCUGGAUUAGUGUAUCACCUGACAUUUCAAACCACUUAAGAGGGGUGCCUGUACUUUCGCACCAUGUAGAGGUCUGCUCUGUCUAGUUGGUCAGAGCGUGGGCACCACCCCUUGUAAUUUUGAUUACUGGCCAGAGAAGAGUAGUUAGCUUUUGUUUCAUUUUUGUUUCUGUAUCUGAGUACCUUUUGUUUCAGAGAAGUGGUUUUUGUUUUGAUCUUUUCUUUGGUGCCACAGUUUGAUUCUCUCAGAGUGGUCCAAGAUAUCAUAGCACAGCAUUUUUACUGUAGCUGGUUUUAAUAAAUAAAAAAUAGUUAAAAUGUAACUGUGAACAUUUUGAACUCUUAUUUUGUAUAUUGUGUAUUUUUUUAAGAUGCAGCUGCUUUACUGAGUUUGUUGAAGUCCAAAGUGCUGUGAUUUUUGCUGUCAGUUUCUACUGAUAGUGUUUAAUGUGUUUAUACUUCUAAUGUUGAUAAAGCACCAACUCCAGUGUCAUCAGCUGUGCUCAU